UUGUUCGUAUUGUACAGCGUGCGCGUGCUUGCGUGUGAUCGUCGUGCGUGUUCUCGUGUGUGCGUGGUCCGUGCGCGUUUUAAGAAGAAAAACGCAUCCCCCGUCGUCAUGAUCGCCGCGACGGCGGCGGCUGCGCACUGUUGCGACGGCGAAGAACUGCGCGUUCCCGGUUCGCCGCAACCGUACGCUCGUCGAGUUCGCGGGUCUUGGCGUGAUUAUUUGGAACCGCCCGGCGACGGUGUCGAUAUCGUCCGCGAUCCGUACGUCUACCACGACGACUCGUACGACGACAACGAAGACGACGACGACGACGACGACUUAGACGAAGAGGAGGAAGACUCCUACGACGAUUCGUACGACGACGAGGAGGACGGAGACGAAGACUGUUCUUGCUGUUCGUUGUGUUCCUCGGGCGGCGGUGGACGCCGCGGACGGGACACGCCGCCUACGUCGUCCCGAUCCUCCUCGUCGUCGACGUCAUCGUCGUCGUCGUCUACCGGUUCGUCCCAGGCUGCUAAAGCUGCGGCCAAUAUUACUUCUCCGGCGUCGCCGCAGCCACCGACGCUAAGACACCUGUCGCCGGUUUUCGAACCGUCCAUGCGCGGCUCGUGCCGGUGCAUACGGUGCCAAAAGCGCCGUUACUCGUUGGACUUUUUCAAGAGCUCCGACUUCAGGCGAGGCAUACCGUCUCCCAACGUGUACAUGAUCGACGAACGGUCGUGCAAAAUCGUCCACGAUUACAUUCACGAUCGUGAUCUACAGAUUGGUCAUCGGCCAGCCAAUGUUGUCAAGGACAAAAAAUUGAACUUUGUCACCUGGGAACCGUACUUUUGUGUUCUACUGCAAGACGAACAGACAUUAACUGCAUAUAGAAGCGAGGAAUUAUCCAUAUUCCCUGGGACUGCGCUAAGGACAAUAACGCACGCUUUUAAGAUUGGCGAUUCGCUGUUCGUCGAUCUUCCCCGGGUUCGGCUAGAUGGUGGGGCGAAAAAGUUCCGUCAGCGAUGGGGUUACGAGUUGAUCAAUCAGCCUCCCGUCCUGUUUGAAGAAGAUGAAGACCAAGACGAUGACGACGCUCCAGACAGUGCGUCACUGCGCGAGACUACAGCUAGACCCAUUGCGGCCGUUUGCAUUCCGCCUUCCAUGGACACUUCGUACGAAAAAGCCUGUCGCCGAGGAAGCGCUCCCACGACUCCAGUGCUCGGCAACACCAGGUCUCUGGAACUCACGCCCUCUAGAAUUGUGAAUUUUUUUUCAAAACGUUCGUUCAGGUCAAAUCCACUAAAACGGACCAAGAGCGUCACAAAGUUGGAGCGAAAAAAAGCGCUGGAAUCUGAUGGAAACGUCAGCCCGGGCAGCGGACCUAGGUUGAGGACGUCCCGUUCGCACGAGUCGCUUCUGUCUGGCCAGUCGCAGAGCAUCAUGCAAUCGCUGGACCUUAGCAGCGGCGGUGUGGAGAUCAAACCUCUACACCCGUCCGUGCUGGGCCGGGAAAACUGUUUCCAGGUGACGUUGCCAGCGGGUAACACGAGGUACUUCUCGUGCCGCACAGCCGAAGAACGCGACAAAUGGGUGUACAGUUUGAGGAAAUCCGUACAACCCGACCAAGAGCACAUACGCCGCACGGAAAACGCAUUGAAAAUAUGGAUUCUAGAAGCCAAAGGGCUGGCUAACAAGAAAAGGUAUUUUUGCGAGCUAUGUCUAGACAAAACGCUGUUUGCUCGAACAUCAUCAAAACAGAAAUCAGAACUCUGUUUUUGGGGCGAACACUUCGAUUUCACCAGUCUACCACAAGUGAACGUCAUAAAUGUGCAUUUGUAUCGAGAAGGCGAGCGGAAGAAGAAAAAGGAUAAAAGCUUCUUAGUCGGGACCGUCAGCAUUCCGGUACACGAUGUCACUUCCAGAUUCCUUACCGAAAAGUGGUAUCCGGUGACCAUGGAGAAAACCCUCAAAGACCCUCCGUCCUUAAGAGUGAAAUGCCGUUUUCAGAGUGUCGACAUACUGCCCGUACAAAUCUAUCAAGAAUUCUUACAGUAUUUGAGAACAGACUACAAAACCAUUUGUGAAAUCUUGGAACCUGUUGUUGGUGUAAAGGCCAAAGAAGACAUCGCCACGGCUCUGGUGCAUGUCAUGCAAAAGGAGAACCUAGCUAAAGAGUUCCUGUCUGACAUUGUGAUGAUGGAUAUUGAAAAGGUCGAAGAUGAUCGCCUGACCUUCAGGGGUAAUUCGCUAGCCACUAAGGCAAUGGAAGCAUACUUGAAGUUGACUGGAGAAAAGUAUUUACAUGAGACUCUGAGUGAACUAGUGUCAAAUGUCAUGCAAACUGGUUUUGAUUGCGAAGUGGAUCCUUUAAAAGCUGGUAGUGCGUCAAACUUGGCAAAACAGCAGGCUAAUUUAAGAAAUGCUGUUGAAACCACAUGGAAUCGUAUACUCUCGUCUCAUACGUCAUUUCCAUUUGAACUUCGGGAGUGUUUUACAAGGUUCCGUGAACGUAUGAACGGUUCUGGACGCCACGAUAUUAGUGACAAUUUAAUUUCAGCAUGUAUUUUUUUGAGAUUUUUGUGCCCAGCCAUCUUGUCUCCUAGCCUGUUCAACAUAACACAUGAGUAUCCUAAUGAAAAAGCAGCACGGAAUUUGACAUUGGUAGCAAAAACACUGCAAACCUUGGCUAACUUCACUCGAUUUCAAGGAAAAGAAAAUUUUAUGGAGUUUAUGAACGACUUUCUGGAACGCGAAGCGGCUUCAAUGAAAUCUUUCUUGAAAAUUAUAUCUAGUCCUGUACCAAAUGGAUAUUCAACUCCACAAGACCACUCAACUGAGUUUGAUGGACACAUCGACCUUGCAAAACAAUUGAGCAUACUUCAUACAUUGUUAAUGGAAUGUGUGGAAAAAAUAUCUCCAGUGCGUCUUCAGGAAGUAGAAAAAUUGCACAUGAUACUGGAAAGAAUACAGUUAGCACUUGCUCAGCCCACUGGAGUUCGAACUCCAUUAAAAAGUUAUAUUGAAAAUCAACCAUCUAAUGAUCAGAAUAAUAUUUACCAGCCUGUGCAACAUCAAAACAUUUUUAGAUAUAAUGAUCCAACAUUGAAAGAUGGUGCUCAACGUUUGUAUGGGUCAACACAAGGACCUUCUUUGAACAGCACAAAUAAUUUGGUUGGAAGUUCAACACUAUUGUGUGAAAAACGUCCUAUGACCAAUACUACACGUGCAUCAACUCUUCCCCGCAAUGCAUUCUUCUCGUCCAAUCCUGGUUCACCUAACCUACAACUUUGUCCUAAGCUGAAAUUUGAUGAACCAGUUACCACUUACAAUGGAUUCACUCCUCAUCACAUCAAUCAUAAUAAUGGUCACAAUUCUGAUGUUGAAAUCGACCCACAACAAAAGGGGAGCCAAAUGUCCAUUUCCACAUUAUCAAAUGUAGCAUCCUCUGGUUAUCAGAGUUUUGCAGCAUACAGUCAGAGCUCAAGUCCUGUUGAUUUGACCAAUAACAAUAGCAAACCGCCUUUGGCUAAUGGCAAUGCUGCUUUGCCUCCUCUGGCAUUUGUCAAUCCUGUAUACCAACAUCAUCAUCACCACCACCACCACCACCAUCACCAAAGAAAACAGCGGCCACGAUCAUGUAGCUCUUCUGAAGAUGAGAAUAAUCCAGUUAAUGAUAAAGUAGCUCAAGUAGCCCCAAGAUUCCUACCACCCCAUCGUGCUCCAAGAACUAAUCCACAGUGUAAUGGUGGUGGUGGUAUGGCUAGAUCCUUAGCUUGGAAAUGGUCUCCGAGCAAAGUCAACGGAGUUAGCCCUAAUCCUAAAUGUGCACCUGGUGAUGUUAAAAAAGUGUGCCCUGCUGAAAUGCCUAUAAGAAGGCGUGUGUCCAUUGAUUCUAGUCGUGGGAUGUCUGAAGACUCUUCUGAAGAUGAAGACACAAGAAAUCAAAAUAUUGCCAACAAUUUGAAAACUAAUCGCUCUAUUGAUCAGAUAAGCUACCAGAAAGAAAUUGAACGUCUUCAAACCAAUGUGCAAAUACUUAAGUUGAAGUUAGAACAGGCCGAACAGCAACUGGAAUCUGAACCAGAUUCGCCAGAAAUUAUUGAUAAUGAACCAGAUAAUAUGAAAAACAUAAUAGCCAGGUUGAUGUCUGUAGAAGAUGAACUGAGACGUGAGCAGCGCAAAAUGUCUGACACUCUAACUCACAAGCAGCGCGUGAUUGAGGCUCAAGAACACCAGAUUGCUGCAUUGGAUGCGGCUAACAACCGAUUGUUGAAUGCUUUAAGCCAGCUCAAAGAACGGUACCAAAUGACGAAUGGAAAAACCAAUAGUCCAAGUCCCAAUAUCAACCAUAGACUGCUUGCCGAGCUUGGUGAACUAAAGAGCUCAUCUUGUUAAAAAAUCUUAUCCUCUCGUCGUUUUUGUAUUUAAAGGUAGAUGGAUAGAUAGUAUUUUAUCCAAAAAAAAGAAAAAUUUUAUAUUUUGUCUGAAAUAGGUUCAAAGUUAAAAACCGCAAUUUUUCAACUUAGUUUACCACAUUGAUAGGUCGUUGCAUUAUUAUAUUAAUGCGUUUUUACGCAAAAUAAACUUAAUUAAAUUACUAAUUUCAAAUCAUUAUCAAGUAUUAUUAACUUUAAUGUGUUCUUGCAUAGUUAUACAUUCAUAUAUUUUUUUUAAUGUAAAAUAAUAAUUAACAAAUUUAAUAUUAUCUUAAACUUGGUGGUUUAUGCGAAUUUAUCAAAACUUUA